AUGAUUUGGGACCCAACAAAUCGGAAAGAAAUGGCACUUGGCAACGACGUCGUAAGGCUACUUUGGUCCUAUAACAAGGGGGAAAACAGAAAGCGCAAAAAAUGUGCGAUGGCUACUUGUUCGAAGGAGCAUCAAAAAAUCUAUCAACAAUGGUUCAACUAUGUCGAUUCAGAUGGUGAUGAGCGAAUAACAGGAGAUGAUGCAACGAAGUUUUUUGCUAUGUCGAAUAUUGAAAAAUCUGAACUUAAACAGGUCUGGGCAAUUGCAGAUACCAAACGCCAAGGAUUUUUAGGUUUUAAAGAGUUCAUCACUGCUAUGCAGUUGCUCUCUUUGGCACAAUCUGGUAGUGAAAUAAGUGCAGAAUCACUAAGAACCGGAGUUGAUCUUGAGUUUCUGCAACCUCCACACAUGGAAGGCCUGGAUUCACUUCUGGUGAAACAUAGUGAUUCAAGAACCAAUGGUGUCCAAGAAACAUAUGGCAGUUUGACUGGUCAACUCGUGCCACCAAAGAAUUUAUUUACUUCAAAACUUAAUAAAAAGACACCUCAUCAUGCAUCUCUUGGUAAAGUCACAUCCAUAAUUGAUGGAUUAAAGAGAUUGUACAACGAAAAACUAAAGCCACUGGAAGUUGCUUAUCGUUACAAUGAUUUUGCAUCACCUUUAUUGACAAAUAGCGACUUUGAUGCAAAACCUAUGGUAAUGCUUCUUGGCCAAUACUCAACUGGGAAGACAACAUUUAUUAAACAUCUUCUUAAAAGCAACUAUCCAGGAGCUCACAUUGGUCCAGAACCAACAACAGACCGAUUUAUUGUUAUUAUGGGUGGACCUGAUGAUAGAAGUGUGCCUGGAAACACUAUUGCUGUUCAAGCAGAUAUGCCUUUCAAUGCCCUUACAACUUUUGGAGGCGCAUUUCUUUCCAAAUUUGAAUGUUCUCAAAUGAAUCAUCCUCUUUUGGAGCAUAUUACAUUUGUGGAUACUCCGGGAGUUCUAUCUGGAGAGAAGCAACGUACACAAAGAAGCUAUGACUUCACUGGAGUGAUAAAGUGGUUUGCUGAAAGAUGUGAUCUUAUUCUCCUUUUGUUUGAUCCUCAUAAACUUGAUAUAAGUGAUGAAUUCAAACGCGUGAUAUCGUCUUUACGUGGUCAAGAUGAUAAGAUUCGUGUUGUACUUAACAAAGCAGACAAAGUUGAUACCCAACAAUUGAUGCGGGUUUAUGGUGCGUUGAUGUGGUCACUUGGGAAAGUACUCAACACGCCUGAAGUCACACGUGUCUACAUUGGAUCGUUUAAUGACAAACCGAUCAAUGAAGAAUCAGUGGAUUCCAUGGGGAGGGAGCUUUUUGAAAAAGAACAGGAUGAUUUACUUGUGGAUUUAAUAGACAUUCCAAAAAAAGCUUGUGAUCGCCGGAUUAAUGAAUUUGUUAAACGCGCUCGGGAUGCAAAGAUACAUGCUUACAUAAUUAGCCAGUUGAAAAAAGAGAUGCCAGCUGUGAUGGGUAAAUCUAAAGCUCAACAGAAACUCAUGAAGAAUCUUGAAGAUGUUUUUGCAAAGGUUCAGAAGGAGUUUCAUCUGCCAGCUGGCGAUUUCCCGGAUGUGGAGCAAUUUAGGCAAGUUCUUGGAAAUUACAACAUUGAUAAGUUUGAGAAAUUGAAGCCGAAGAUGAUUCAGGCUGUGGAUGAUAUGCUUGGAUAUGACAUUCCGGAUCUCUUGAAAAACUUUAAAAAUCCAUAUGAAUAAAGCAACGAAUUUAUGAUGGAUUUCUCAUCCAUUUUCUCCUUAUGUUUUUUUUGAAUUUGAUGUCAAAUGUUUUUGGUAUUAUUGCAUAAAUGCUGCCCACUUUUGUGAUGGGCUUUGAAUGGAAAUCGCAUGUGAAAUUAAAUUCCUUUGUUUGCUG